UCAUUCUUUCAGCUGAGAAAAUCCUUUCCAUGUUGUCCACAACUGUGAUGAAAAGAGAAGUCCCUCUUGCCAGAGACUGAACUUCUCUGUCAGGGAAAUACCAUUUACAGGACUUGUCAUGUCUCCCUUUCUGCGUAUUGGUUUAUCCAACUACGACAGUGGCCCUUACCUGCCAUCCCAGGGGGACGUGAUUAACCCUUACUGUGCUGUGAUGGUUAAAGAAGCCGUGGAGUCGGAAAAUGGCCAAGUGUACGUGCAGAAGAAGCCCACCAUGUACCCACCCUGGAACAGCACUUUUGAUGCCCACAUCAACAACGGCAGAGUCAUGCACAUCGUCGUCAAGGACAAAAGUGCCGAAAUGGUUUCAGAGACCACGGUAGAGCUCAAGGUUCUGGCGGAGAGGUGCAAAAAGAGCAAUGGGAAGACAGAGAUAUGGCUAGAACUGAAACCUCAAGGCCGAAUGCUGAUGAAUGCAAGAUACUUCCUGGAAAUAAGUGAUGCAAAGGACCUGGCUGACUGUGAGACUGAAGGCUUCUUCUCCUUGCACCAGCGCAGGGGAGCCAUCAAACAGGCCAAAAUCCAUAAUGUCAAAUGUCACGAGUUCACGGCCACCUUCUUUCCACAGCCCACCUUCUGCUCUGUCUGUCAUGAGUUUGUAUGGGGUCUGAAUAAACAAGGCUAUCAGUGCAGACAAUGUAAUGCUGCCAUUCAUAAGAAGUGCAUUGAUAAAGUAAUAGCCAAGUGUACAGGAUCAGCAGUCAAUAGCAGAGAAACAAUGGUAUUUUUUCUCUUUCAUUUCCAUAAAGAGCGUUUCAAGAUCGACAUGCCUCACCGCUUCAAAGUCUACAACUACAAGAGCCCGACUUUCUGUGAGCACUGCGGCACACUCCUCUGGGGCCUUGCACGGCAAGGAUUGAAGUGUGAUGCAUGUGGCAUGAACGUCCAUCACAAGUGCCAGACAAAAGUAGCAAACCUUUGUGGAGUUAACCAGAAACUAAUGGCCGAAGCUCUGGCAAUGAUAGGGAGCACCCAGCAGGCUCGGUGUCAGCGUGACACUGAACAAAUCUCCAGGGAUGGACCUCUUGAAAUUGGCUUCCCAGUUCCCGUGAAGGAGGUAACACCGCUUCAGGCAUUGCCGGCAUCUACAACAGGAAAAAAAGAGCCACAGGGCAUCUCCUGGGAGUCUCCAGUGGAGGGCACAAUGAAGGGCGAGUCUCUGAUAGAGUCAGACUUGGGAGAAGAGCCCCAGGAGCAGCAAGAGCACCAAGUUCAGCUAAAACUAACCAUUGAAGAUUUUGUCCUGCACAAGAUGCUGGGGAAGGGCAGUUUUGGCAAGGUGUUCCUUGCCGAACUGAAGAGCACAGACCAGUAUUUCGCUGUGAAAGCCCUGAAGAAGGAUGUGGUGCUGAUGGAUGAUGAUGUUGAAUGUACGAUGGUGGAGAAGAGAGUCCUCUCAUUAGCUUGGGAGCACCCAUUCCUGACUCAUGUCUUCUGUACGUUCCAGACCAAG